AUGGAACAACAACAAGAAGAAAAAAGACAGUCAUCAUUAGAUAUAACCUUUAUAUCUAUAUUUAGAAUGAGAUAUCUAAGACGUAUAAUAUUAAACCAGAUAUCAACAAUUACAAGACAAUGUGCUAGAGUUAGAUCAAGAGAUAUUAUUAUUGAAGGAAAAGGUGAUGUUGAAUCACAACAACAACAACAACAAUACAAGGGUCCAGAUCAUUGUAUUAAAACAUAUUAUAAUGCAAAUAAUUUAAAGUGGUUACUUGUAAAUGGAUAUUCAUCAUUACUAAAAGAUAAAUAUAAUGCAGGACAUAUAUUUGAAGAAGAUACAUUAUAUUCUUGGAUGGAGUAUUGUACUGAACAAUCACCAAUGCCAUCUGCUUUAAUCGAUAAAGUAAUUGCCAACAUGCCAGUACGAAAUCGAGAAAAUGAUAUUAAAAAAGCAAUUGUUGGAGGUAAUUUAAUAUUAUUGGAGAAACUUUUAAUGUUGUAUGCAGAAGACAUGUCAAUUGGUUCGAUGUCAUUGAUCUAUGAAAUAGCAUCAAAGAGUCAAAACUAUGCAUUCAAACAGUUUGUCACUCACAUUUGUAUCCAACAAUUGGAUAGAUACAAUAACCAUCAUGGAAGAGACCUUUUAGACUAUAGUCCUAACCAACAACACUGUACAAUCAUAUGUAAAAUGAUUAUGGGUGUUGACCCUAAAUCGAGACAUGGUCAAGUGAGGAUACCUGAUACUUGGACACGUAUAAUCAACAGGGAUCUCAUUAUGGAAUUUGAUAUACAAUCGUUGGCGUACAUGACCGAUGAAAUGCAUAUCAUUCCGUUCAACCUAGUUGCACUUUAUGAUUUUGUUGAAUCGGUCCUUUGUAAUCCAUUGACCAUUCAAGAUCAACACAUGGCCACUAUCAAAGAUAUUUGGAGAUUAAUCAUGUAUCGACAUGUAGAAAUAUUCAACUCUAGAGAUUCGAUUGAAAAAAAAUUAAUCGACCAGUUUAAAAUCAACAAACCAAGUUUGUGGAAUGCUACUACACCUGUAAAGAACGAACCAUUCACCUUUAAACAACUAGUAGAUCUUUUUUACUUUAUCGAUAUGGUUUCAUUGUUAAAAGUAGAGUAUAGAACAUUGGAUGAAAAUAUUGCUUGUUCAAUGACUUUUCUUGGUUCAUUGACGGUCAAAGAUGGAGCAGACUAUGAUGAUGGGACGGCGGUACCAUUCCAUGUGGCAGUUGAUAAUUAUCUUCAAACGUUUGUACCAAAAUCAUGGAUCAAUUAUUUAUCGGUCUUUAAAAGUGCGUGUCUUGUGUGUAGUGUUUCAGUGGUCCAAUACUUUGAACAAAAGAUGGUCUCUCGAAACAACACCACAGAAUCACUCCAUGCCAUUUAUGGACCAACUGUCCGUAAUGACCCUCAAGUGUUGUCAUACGUAGCCCCCAAUUACACAUAUCGACAAGAAACAUUGGAAAACAUACUCAUUUAUGCUUGUAAAACCGAUCACGUUGAAAUGAUCAGUACGAUCAUUCAACUCUAUUCCUAUAUCGUCGUCGAAGCUCUCGAAAAGCUUUUAGUUGAAUCUGGUAGAGCCGACAGCCUCAACACAUUCCUCUUGCUCAUCGAGACAUACCCAGAAGAAUGUGUAGGUAUUUUGUGCACCCGACCCAUUCUCGACAAAACAUGGAAACCCUCUUACUUUGUACUCAAACAUUACAACAAGAUACAUCACCUCUUUCAAUCGUCUCAGUGUCAUUGGAUCCCACGAAUAUUAAACUAUUUUAUUGAAUUGGCCAUUAUCUUUUGUAACCUCUCUGUCAUCAAGAAGCUUUUACUCUUGCCAAGGUUGGUCGAUCUACCAGACUAUGGGAUAAACCUUGGACUCGUUGUACCAUACAAACCAUUGUUGGAUUUCUUUUUCGAUGCUACCAUGAACCCUCGAAGCAUCUAUGUCCCCGGAAAACAUUUCAACGCAUUGUUUGGUAACUUUUGUUGGACAGAGGCAGCUCAUUCAAACGACACUACCAAACUCGACAUUCUCUUUCAAUUGGGUAAACUCAGUGCACCGAGGAAUCAAUACGAACGUACCUUUUCAAUAGAAGCAGAACUUCAAGUAACCAUUUACCCAGUGGCAUUUAAAAAUGGACAUGUCAAUUUGAUACAAUAUUGCAACGACACUUACAACGUCCCAUCAAUCGGUAGUAAUGUAUUUUUAAAACAAGAAUACAUUAAAUUUGCCAUCACUUGUAAUAGUAUCCCCAUUAUCAAACAUUGUAUUAAACUCAUUCAAUCAACACCUAAUCAAUUCAAAGAACCAUUGAGAAUGUCAUCAGGUCCCCCAAGACUAUUAAACCAAAAGAAAUUAAAAAGAUUUAACCAACAACACCAACAACCAACAUUACUUGAAUUUAUGUUUGAUACUGCAACCACUUUAAAUCAAAAGGAAAUAAUUAAUCUUUUAUAUCCUUUGAUUAAAGCUUAUAAUAAUAAUAAUAAUAAUAAGAAAUAA